AAAUUUGUAAAAGACAAAGCAAGAUGUUGCCAUGCAGAUGCUAUUUAUAUGUAUCACAGUCUGUUAUUCAAACAUUUCAACGGGAUACUUCAUUACCGAUUGAAUGGAAAUGCACGAUCUACUUGUCGUUUUGUUCCUGGCUUAUGGAUUAACAUUGGCGGCAGGUAUAGGCUUACAGGGGCAGCCAAAACUCAAGACAUACACAUUUUCCAUUCGAUCUGAUGCAAAGAUAGGGGAUGUUGCCGGCGUGUUUAAAGAUAUAGAUGGAUGGGUGCAACAUGGCAUUUCAGGCGUUGAAGCGAGCUUCUUCGUCUACAAUUGGUUUCACACUGAUAUUAAAGUUAAUAGAAAUAUAACUGGACAGAGAGACUACUGGUUUAAUAUGUUCGAAACUUAUGAAUUUAAAAAAGUGAGGACUUAUUACUAUUCGACUAUAGUUUAUCAUAUUGUGCAUGUCCGUGUCGUCUAAAUCGGAACUAAUGUCUUAUGUUUAAAAGCAAAAUAAAAUUUUAUUAUCAAGUUUA